UUUGGCGUGCUUUCAAACUGCUAGGUUGGCAGGAGCUGGGACCGAGCAAUGGGAGCUCACCCCGUUGCAGGGAUUUGAACUGCCGACCUUCUGAUUGGCAAGCCCUAAGCUCUGUGGUUUAACCCACAGCGCCACCCGCGUCCCUUUCUUUGGUUUGGUUUCUUUGCAUAUAGGAAGGUAAUAUGUGUACUGAGAAGUUUAUGUGAAAGUGCUCUUUCUGACCUUGUGAUAUAAUCAGAUAGGAAGAAUCUAUGCGGAGGUAAGGGGAGAUUGAGCGUCUGAACAGGCGUUUGGUUUGUGUCAUUCUGUCCAUAGCCAAUCCAUACUGGCAGGUUUAAGUAUAAGUGUCUCAUGUACUUUUGGAACAGCCCUGCCUCUGUUCACCUGAUGGGAUACUCACUUGCAUCGUGUUAAGUCUAGAUCAGAUAAAAACCACACUGGUGCUUCCUUAUCCUUCCCUGAAAUGUAUACAGACUGUGUGAUUUCAAAAGAUGCCUUUCUCAAGGUGAGGUUGAAUCCAGAGGGCAAAAAGGUCUGUUGCCUCUGUCCAGGAACAACUUUUCCUGCCCGAGGGCUGUUUAACAAGGAUUUUGUGAAUAAUAAAAAUUAUUAUUGUUUUUAUUAUUUAUUUAUACCCUGCCCAUAUGGCUGGGUUUCUCCAGCCACUCUGGGUGGUUCCCAGGAUUGUGAUCUUGUUUUAAAUUGUAUUGAUGUAUUUUAUGUAAUUUUUCUGUUGUGUUUUAUGCUUUAUAAGUGGCUUCAAGGGCAGUUCUAGGGAACUGGGUAGAAAUUGAAUAAAAAUAAUAAUAAAUGUGAGUUAUGACACUUAUGAGUACCCAUCAACAGCCUCUGGAAGGAUGUGGUUCAAAGGAUAUGAAUAACCUGCUUUCUCCCACUGCAUAAUCUUUCUCAAUCACCAUCUGUGGGACAGUCAAACCGUUGUUAGAAUGCAGGUGAAAGAUCAGAAUGGGAAAUUAGGCAUUGAUUUGGGCCUCAACUGCUUUUGUGGGCGCUAAAUUGCUAUAUAUUUAGCAGUUAAAGUCAGCACAGCUGUGACUUCUGUUCAAAUUAAAGGAGUAGGAUUCAAAGAUACAGAAAAUAGGUGCUUGCACUGUUUAGCAAACACUUGCACAGGGACUGAUGGAGUUAUUUGUGUAGUACAGUGGAACCUCGGUUUAUGAACACCUCGGUUUAUGAAUUUUCGGUUUAUGAACACCGCAGACCCAUCCGGAACGGAUUAAUUCACUUUCCAUUACUUUUAAUGGGAAAGUUCGCUUCAGUUUAUGAACGCUUCAGUUUAUGAACAGACUUCCGGAACCAAUUACACCCAUGUUUCAGUUUAUGAACGCUUCAGUUUAAGUACUCCGCGGACCCGUCUGGAACGGAUUAAUCCACUUUCCAUUACUUUCAAUGGGAAAGUUCGCUUCAGUUUAUGAACGGUUACUCUGCGGACCGUCUGGAACGGAUUAAUCCACUUUCCAUUACUUUCAAUGGGAAAGUUCGCUUCAGUUUAUGAACGCUUCAGUUUAUGAACAGACUUCCAGAACCAAUUGUGUUCAUAAACCGAGGUACCACUGUACUAAAAUUGGCUAGGUUCUAUAGCAGUUGUUUUGCUUCUGUUUGCACCAAGUAAAAUAAUAUAUUUGAUUUUGGUUUUCUCAUGCAGUGCUCUAGUACAAGUUGUAGAACAGCCCUUCUGAGGAUGGAAAGAAGCUCCCACGUGUCGAAGGAAACCUUUGGAACUAACCCAGUGACUGGAAAUAUUGAAUGACUUUGUCUCACCCUGGGAUGUAAUUGAAAAUGAUAAGAGAUGCUUUGGGUGGCUGCCCAGUAGCCAUGCACUACUGCUGAUCCACCACAUUCAAAGAUGGCACUGGGACAGUUUCAUAAGGCAUUAGAUGAGAGAGGGGACAAAAUGGCUUCUUCCAUGAUCUACCUUACUCCUUCAGUACAAAGCACACCCCCAUUGGGUCUGCAAGACUGAUUUUAGACUGAAACUAGUUGGUAUGUGCAGUCAUGUGUUGUAGCACCCCACUACCAGCUUAAAAAAAACAAGAAGUGUCAGGCAACUGUGUUUAAGCAGAAUAAUGGUCGGGGACAAAGCUGCGUAGCAGAGAGGUCAGCAGCCUAAGGCCCAUGGUUGCUUAACCGGCCCAUGAGCCACCCCCGAACCGAGCCACUUGCUCAGCGAGUCCCCGCACGCUGUGCUAAACCAGUGCAGGCACUCUCUUCCAUGGCCCCGGAAAUUGCUUCUGCCCAUGCCCAGAUGCCGAAAAUAGCCUCUGCGCAGGCGUGAUUUUCGGCGUUGCAUUGCGCCGGCCUGGUCCACGGAGGAUCUCCACAGGAGUGAUCCGGCCCAUGGCUUAGCAUUUUCCACUGGCACUUAAAUUCUCUAAACUUCUGUUCCCUGUCUAUAGAGGAAAAGCAUAAAUCGUGCUUUGGGGGAGGUGGUGAUUUUGAGCAGGAAAAUAAAGUGCCAAGAAAGAAAGGGUUAAAAAACAGCUCCUCUUGUCCCCUGUUCCCCCCACUUGCUCACAGUCUCUCAACCCUGGUGUGAGUGAGUCUUUGUCUGUUUUAAAUGACACUGGUGAAAAGUUAACUUCAGCUGUGCAUGUAGUGUUUAAUUGGGGGGCUUUAAAGAGACGAUUUGCACAGUUUACUGGAACUACACAGUUUCCUCCUUGUUUCCACAGCCAUUUUAAGAUGAUAAUGAGCUCAGCCUCAUAAAGCUGACUUUAGUACUAGUGGUAGCAUCUGUUGCUUAAGGAAUUGCCUGGUGCCCUAGCAGACCUAGAAAGGGGUGGAAGUUUGUGCUGUGCCACCACCACAGUGUGUACAACACUGCAAAAUUCGCGGAGGUCUGUGUUUGACAGGAUGGUGUUUUAGCCAGCGUCAGCUAUUCCUUUCUGAUGACCAUGUGGUCCAGAGUGCACUAUAUGCGAGAAGCCAUUGCCUUGGCAAGAUUGCAAGCUUUGCUUUAAUGGGUGAAAGCAUUCACCUUUAAGUGAGGAAGUCUGUCUUAGUGUUUUGCUAGUUAGUGCUUUAAAAUGCUAAUGUCAGUGCAUGCCAGACAGCUGAUUAUCAUGCGUUUCUGUAUGCUACAGUUUCUCUACUCAGACUAACUACCAUCUGCAGGGUAUGUGCUGAACUCUUUUCACCCAAGCUCUCCCGUCUUAUCUGCAACAUAGUGCUAAUUUAUUUAUUGUUCAUUCUUCACAUUUGCCAUAAAGACAGCUUGAAAAUGUCGAGAGAAUUAACAGGAAUGCCAGCAACCGCAAGAGCAGCACUUCGUGUAGGGAAGGGCUCUAAUCAGCUCCUCAUUUCUCAAGUGUUGAAUGUGUGCUCAGCAAUUUCAGUCCAUGCUGGCACAUUGGUGCGCAGAUGCAUGUUGUUCUGUGUUCAGUUUGACUCGAUCUAAGAAUCUUUGAAGAUGCCUCUACUGGAUUUGGCCCUGCUGUUAAUGCUCUUCAUCCUGCCACUUUGUGCCAGUCUAAGAUAUAAUACUUCCAGGCUGGGCCACAGGAUUAUACCUGCCUCUUGGGCGAAUUAUCCCAUAUUUUCCUCUACUGGCCUUAUGUCUGGGCCAGCCUUAACAAGGAUUUGGUAUUAGCCAGGAUUCAUCCAUAACCAGCUGUUAUCCGCAAAGUCAGUGGAGAUUAAAGCAGUUCUGUCCCAAGACAUUUUGCUGCCUGAAGCAGAGCCCAAAUAAGUUUUAAUCUUAUAUGGGUAUUAAAGCGCAGGUCCUUUUUGCCCUCAAUUUGUCCACAUGUUCUGUGGGACUGUGUGGUCUGCUGCUGAGAAUGCUUAGUAGCAUUAGUGUGGGAAAACUGAUGAGGUGGGUUUUAAUUCCUAUAGAAGGCACAUCCUCUCUGGUCUUUAUACUGUACAUCUCAUUGUAGAAUAUAUUUUUGGUGGUCACUCUCACCACCACCCAUCUCCCAGUAUCCCAUAAGAAUAGACUGGAUGGAACUUCAUCAUUGCCGUUUGUAAUCAUUAGUCCUCAUGCCCCCGACACCCACCCAGAGGAGAGAUCUUCAUGGCUCUUGUUCUGUAUUGGCCUCCAGGAACGCCCAGCAUACCAUCUAGAAAUUAAGCCUCAGUGAACAAGUAGGUUAGGAUCUGCAUUUGAUAGUGUUUACUGUCUGGUUAUACUUUGUGCCUGCCCCCCCCCCCCAAUCUCUCUGUAUUUCUUUAUAUGUUACUUCUUCAGUUCAUUCUACUUUAGUUUAUUUUCCUUGGUGUCUCAUACCUUUCACACAUGUACAAAUAUAAUUCCAUGUGUCUGUGUUCUCAGGCAAAUGCAGGGUGUUUAUGAAGUCUCUGCGAUGCCACUACUGGCUUCUUCAACACCUUCAUACUGUACAUCGUUUCUUCUUGUUGCCUCCUACGAUUCAUUUACCUACUGAUCUAUUGUUAUGCUCCUUGUACAGGUUGUGGCUACGGUAUUUAUCUGAUUUUCGUAUAUUCUUUGAGUAGUUUUGGGGAUGCUACCAAGAAUACUUCUGACAAUAUAGGCAUUUUCAACAAAUAUACCCCAAUAUUAUUGGCAGGCCGGAUGUGAAGGCUAGAAAUGGUUAUACAUUUUCCAUGGGGCUGGGUGGAAAUGUGUUGCAGUGGCUCUGCUUGUAUCUGGAUGACCAUUUCCAGAAGGUGGUGAUGGGGGAUUUCUACUUAACUCAGUGGUGUUUGUGCCACAGGGUCCUGCAGGGUCUAUCAUAUCUCCCAUUCUUAUUAACAUCUACAUGAAACUGCUGAGCAUAGUCAUUUGGGGAUUUGAAGUGAGUUGUUGCCAGCAUGUGGGUGACACACAACUUUUCAUUAAAACCACAUGAAGUGCUGAAUGUGCUAGGCUAGGGUAAAGGACAAGAUGAGAGUCACAAGCUGAGGUUUGCUCUGUGAAUAAGUACUUCCUCUCUCCAGAUGAGCAGGGGUCAUCCUGCUCUGGAUGGGAUUGCACUUCUUCUAAAUGAUCAAAUUCAUAGCUUGGGGGUGGCCUUGUAUCCACCACUGUCCUUAGAGCCAUAAGUGACCCUUUAAUUAACUUUGGCUUGUAGCCAGUGCAGUGCUACGUAACUGUACUGUCAGUGCAAAGAUUUGCACUGGCACAAUGGGAGGUCCCCCCCCCCACUUUUAACACCCCCAGUGUAUGGUGUAUUUUUGGCUGAUUCCAUGUGUGAAAUGAUUUUCCUGUCUUCUUUUUCUUCUUCCAAACUUGGGUUUGAAGGGUGGUUUAGGAUUCUAAAGUUCAAUUCUACUGUAUUGGGUGGAAUUCAACAUAGCACAAACGGGGGUAUAUCAAUACAGGAAAUGAGAUCCACUGACACAACAGAACUUCCACCUCCUCCUGCCAUGUGCCCCCUAAAUCUGUCCUGGGGGCUCAUCCAACCCUCAAGAACAGAUUUAGCAGGAGAGGGAAAGUGGACCUUGUUUUUACCCAUAUAUAUUUUAAACUUGAACAUCACCUGGAGAUUUAUUUUUUAUGAGGCAAGUAGUAAAGCUAAAUAAUAAAUGUCACCCAUAGAUUUAAAGAGACAGAAUCAAAAAGAGCAGUUGAAUCAUACUGCAAUCACUUGUGCCACCAACUGCUGCCUUGAGAUAAAGAGACGUGGAGCAGUAGCAUGAGAAAGAUUCCUGUUGAUUCGGAGAGCAGAAAACUAUGCAAGAAGAUGAAAGUUGACCCUAGUUCGAAGGAGAAAGGGGUAGAGUUAUUGCAUUACAAGGACGGCGCAUUUCACACUGAAUAUAAGAGAGCACUCACACUGAAGUCAAUGGUGGCCUUUCUAAAGGAUCCAGAAGGAGCUCCAUUGUGGGAGGAAGAUCCUGAAGCCAAAGACAUUGUCCACGUUGACAGUGAAAAGGAACUGAAAAGACUUUUGAAGAAGGAAGAUAGGCCUCUGCUGCUGAUGUUCUAUGCCCCCUGGUGUGGUGUUUGCAAAAGAAUGAUGCCGUCUUUCCAGCAAGCAUCCACAGAAGUUAAAGGCAUGUAUGUACUUGCAGGGAUGAAUGUCUACUCAGCUGAAUUUGAAAAAAUAAAAGAAGAAUACAAUGUCCGGGGAUACCCAACCAUUUGCUACUUUGAAAAGGGAAAAUUCCUGUUCAACUUUGAGAACUAUGCUGCUACAGCAAAGGACAUCAUUGAAUGGCUGAAAGAUCCUCAGCCACCUAAGCCACAGACCCCAGAGACUCCCUGGUCAGAAGAAGAUAAUGCUGUUUAUCACCUAACAGAUGAUGACUUUGACAAGUUCACCAAGGAGCACCCUUCUGUUUUAGUGAUGUUCUACGCACCAUGGUGUGGGCACUGUAAGAAAAUGAAGCCGGAAUAUGAGAACGCCGCUGAGAUGCUCCACGCAGACAGUGAUAGACCAGGUGUCCUGGCAGCUGUAGAUGCUACUGUCAACAAAGCUGUAGCAGAAAGGUUUCAUAUAUCAGGAUUUCCAACACUCAAGUACUUCCAGGAUGGAGAAGAGAAAUAUACUUUGCCACACCUACGAACAAAGAGUAAAAUUGUUGAAUGGCUCCAAAAUCCACAGGCACCUCCUCCACCUGAACCAACUUGGGAAGAAAGGCAAACAAGUGUAAUCCAUCUAGCAGGAGAAGACUUCAGGGAAUCUCUGAAGAAAAAGAAACAUGCCCUUGUGAUGUUCUAUGCUCCAUGGUGCCCACACUGUAAAAACUCCAUCCCCCAUUUCACAACAGCUGCAGAACUAUUUAAAGAAGAUCGAAAGAUUGCCUAUGCUGCGGUGGACUGUGCCAAAGAACAGAACCACGACCUGUGUAAGCAGGAAGGUGUGGAUGGUUACCCAACCUUUAACUACUACAACUAUGGAAAAUUUAUAGAAAAAUAUAAUGGAGACAGAGGGGAGGCUGGAUUCUCGACUUUCAUGCGGACGCUCAGAGAACGAGACCAUGAAAAGAUAGGGAAGAGGAAAGAUGAGUUGUAAUUUCUGCCUCACACAAUGAUUUCCACUGCACUGUGAAUGGCCUCAGGGCCACUGGUACAAUGCCUGGGAUUCCACAUCUUUUUAAAAAGAGAGACUUUGGUUUUUUUUUUUACAAACAGCCAUUUGCCAUUUUGUACAAUUUUGAAAUAAAGUGAAAUCAUUUGAUUUUUAAAAGGAAAAAAUAAAUGACAUCGUUGUUGCCAUAUUCUGUUAUGGAAAACAAAAAGAAGAGCAUUUUCUCUCCAUUUGAUGCACCUAUGCCCAUUUGAUACUCCUAUGCAAUCUUUUUUGUAAUCUGUAGGUUUGAUAGUGAUUUCCCCUGACCAGGUGAUUUCUGCAUUUUUUUUAAUUUUUGAAGAAUAUUAUAUGUGAAAUGGCUUUUAAAAAUUGGAGGGAGAGGAUGAAAGGAAGGUGCAAUGGAUCCAUCAGGAGCAAGUUCCAUGGAAACAGACAGAGCUUUGUGGUCCCAGCGGACUCUGCCCAAAGCCUCUUCAGGUGCAGUUAUCACCCUUGUGUGCACAACACUUAUUUCAGGAACCAGGUGAUUAAAUGCACUUUCAGUCCUUAUAGUCCACGUACUAAGCAGACAUCAGCCUGCCCUGCUCACUCCCACUCUGCAUGGCUAAUGGGACAUCUGCCAGAACGGGGCAGUGUGUGGAGUCUGAAUGACAGAUGUGCCACAAUUAUCACGCAAGCAUCUUGUAAGUGGGGCCUUUUCCAGGAACAGUGUGUGUGCAUUUCUAGUUGUGCUCAGCAGUGCCAAACUGGUAGGGCGACCAGUUGUGACUAGGACAUGCUCUUGCGGUCUUGCUAGGUUACACUUCCUUCCUAGAGAGAUUUGGGGUGGGGGGGGGGCAAUUUUUAAGGUGCUCAGGGAUAAUAGGCAAAUAAUGAAGAAGCAUUGAUUGGCCAUUUCAGAUCUUAAUUGACUGUAGUGGUGGUUUUUGUUUUGUUUUUGUUUUUUUAAUCUGCCGUACUGUUUACAUAUCUUUAUAGAAUGUGUGGGUUAUUUCAAACAAAUGUCUCUGCAUUCGGCACAUAUCAAGCACCGAAUGUCUCUCAGUGUAUGUGUUUGCUCUCACGUUGUCCAAUGCUCCUGUAAUCAUAGGAGUGGUGUAGUGCAGGUAUAAAUAAGGUUCUACUUAAUUUAUGAUCUGACCAUAGGAAUUGCGUAUUUGCUAAGCAUUCCAUUUGACUGUUGACAGAGGCACUGAUAUUUUUGAUAUGAAGAAACAUCAUGCAACAAUACUUGUUUACGUUCCAAAGGCUUGUCUAUGUGAGUUAACUACAAAAGGAAAGUAUAAUUUUUUUAGAAUUCUAUAGAAGCAAGUUGUGCUUAAAAAAAAUUGUUUAGCCCCUGUCAGUGAUGUAAGAAAAUAACAGCAUUACUAGAGCUACAUAGCUUUUAAAAGUCCGUAAUUAUGUGCAGAUUCUGUGAGGUGAGGGUGAUCUGGACAUUGUGUCUCCAUGGGAUUUAUUAUAUUUUUUUGUGAUUUCCAAUUUGAUCAAAAAGAAUAAAAGAUUGAAAAUAUGCUCUAA